UUGUUCGUCACCUUUGCUCAGAGCAUUUACUGAAAGGAUGAGGAAACUCAUGUAUUCUGUGGAACGAAGCAGAGAAAAACUAAUCAUUCGACUCCGCUUGACAGUAUGAGGCGAUGGACGAUAUCAAACAGACCGAAAACAUCAGAAUGCAAUCAUCGGGCUCAAUUAUUAUGCCUACAUAAUCUGACCAUCACAAUUGUUUACUGCUUUUCACCUUCUACGUGGGAAUAUAUGCAAACGUUAAGUCCCGGUUCAUUGCAUAUAUUUUCUGGGCUGCAAUUACGUAAAAUAAGGCCUUCCGUUCUAUAUCUUGAGUCAUGCACUAGACGUGAAGCUUGGCAUCUGAAAAAGCAGCUUAAGCUGUUUCUUUCAAUUAAUUAAACCAUGUUUUUGGAAUGUAGGAACACCGUGCUCAUUUUUCAAAAACACCAGCUUAUACCAGCAUUUCGAAAGAGCCCC